AUGGCUUUCUGCAACCCAAAUGUACAGGAAUCCCUCUGCUCCUUCUUCCUGUUCUUCACUUUGCUUCUUGCUUCUUCGUAUUCCUCCUAUGCCUUGAGUUCCAUCAGCACUAGCACCACCAGCGUUACUGUAGACCAAGCUAUGGCUCUCCUUGAAUGGAAAGAUAGUCUCAACAACCAAAGCCAAACUGUUCUCCAUUCAUGGAAGCUACUUGAUCCUAAUGCCACCAAUUCGUCUCUGCAAUCUGACCUGUGCAGUUGGUAUGGAAUUUCUUGCAACCAAAGGGGAAUCAUUACUGAAAUUAACUUACCAAGUAUGGGUUUGCAAGGUAUGGUUAAGAACUUCCCCUUUCCUUCACUUCCUUCUCUUAUGCGUUUGAAUCUCAAUAAUAAUUCACUUUUUGGCUCUGUUCCAUCCAACAUUGGGAACCUUUCUGUAAUCAACUACCUUGAUCUGUCAAAGAAUCAUCUCUCUGAAUUAAUUCCAUUGGAAAUCUGUUCACUCACCGGUCUUGAAAUCUUGUCUCUUGGUGAUAAUUGUUUCCAUGGAUCGAUACCUUACGAAAUGGGAAGAUUGAAAAAUCUUACUAGUCUGACCUUGUUCUCCAACAACCUCUCUGGUUCCAUACCUACAUCUCUUGGUAAUUUGAGCAAUCUACAGCAGCUCUCUCUGUACCAAAACAAACUCAAUGGUUCAAUCCCUGUUUCUUUAGGUAAUCUGAGAUACCUUACCAUUUUACGCCUCCUUGAGAAUCAACUUUCAGGUAUCAUUCCUCUGGAAAUAGGAAAUAUGUCAAGUCUGAAAAACCUAGAAUUGGGAGAUAACCAUUUCUCAGGUGUUCUUCCACAAGGUCUAUGCAUGAGUAGAUCACUUGUAAACUUCUCUGCACCUAACAACCAUUUCACAGGCCUGAUUCCAAGGGGAUUCAAAAACUGCACAGGCUUAGUUAGAGUUGAACUUCAAAAUAACCAACUUGCUGCAACCUUAUCAAAAGACUUUGGUGUUUAUGAGAAGCUGAAUUACAUUGAUUUGAGAAACAAUCAAUUAAAUGGUGAACUUACUUCAUCAACCUGGUUCCAAUGCAAAAACCUUCAGGCUCUACUGAUGAGUGGGAAUAAGAUUACUGGUAAGAUACCUCCAGAUGUUGGGAAGUUAACUCAACUUCAUGAGCUUGACCUUUCUUCAAAUUACCUGGUAGGAGAAAUUCCAAAGGAAUUUGGUGAGUUAACAUAUUUGCUAUAUCUCAAUCUGAGAGGAAACCAACUUUCUGGGAGUUUACCUUCAGAAAUUGGAAAGCUAUACAGUCUAACAACUCUUGAUUUGUCAGGAAACAGUUUGAGUGGACAAAUACCAAAAGAAAUAGGGAACUGCUCCAACUUAUUAUAUCUGGAUUUAAGCAACAACAGAUUGAAUGGAAGCAUUCCAUUUCAAAUUGGCAAUAUUAUUUACCUUCAAAUUCUAUUGGAUCUUAGUCAAAACUGGCUCAGUGGAGAGAUGCCGUCACAGUUCACAAAUUUAGGGAAAUUGGAAAAGUUAAAUCUCUCCCACAAUCAACUCUCAGGUACUAUUCUUUCUGCAUUCUAUGGAAUGUAUAGCUUGACAUCCAUUGAUAUAUCUUACAAUGAGUUUGAGGGUCCACUCCCUAAAAACAGAGCCUUUCAAAAUGCUACAAUAGAAAGAUUAAGAAACAACACAGCACUGUGUGGCAAUGUAAGUGGUCUGCAACCUUGCGAACAUUCAUCCUUGUCGAAACCAGAUAACAAAAACCUGAUUAUUGUCAUGGUUGUAGUGUUAAGUUUGCUAUUUCUUCUGUUUGCAUCUGCUAGUAUUGCUUGUGUUGUCCACCAAAUUAUUAGGUUAAGAUAUGUAGGGAAAAAGCAGAGAACACCAUCACCUGGUUGGAAUUUAUUUUCAGUAUGUAAUUUCGACGGAAAAAAUUUAUAUCAAGAAAUUAUUAAAGCAACAGAGGAUUUUGAUGCCAAAUAUUGCAUUGGUAUGGGAGGAUCAGGAAGUGUAUACAAAGCAAAGCUGUCGACGAAUCAAGUAGUAGCUGUCAAAAAGCUUCAUCAACCAUUACAGGAUGAGUAUGAGGAGGAUGCCAAGAAAAAAACAUUUAGCAGUGAGAUUCGUGCAUUGACAGAAAUGCGACACCGAAACAUUGUGAAACUAUAUGGUUUUUGUUCAGUUGGACAACAUUCCCUUUUAGUUUAUGAUUAUUUUGAAAGAGGAAGCUUGGCUAAGGUCCUCGAGAACAAUGAGCUUGCAUCAGAAUUGGAUUGGGAAAAAAGGAUUGUUGUUAUAAAAGGUGUAGCAAAUGCUUUGUCUUACAUGCACAAUGAUUGUAUACCACCAAUCAUUCAUCGUGACAUAUCGAGCAACAAUAUUUUGUUGAAUGUAAAAUAUGAGGCAUGUGUCUCUGAUUUUGGCACUGCUAGACUUAUGCAGCCUUAUUCAUCCAAUUACACUCCUCUAGUUGGGACACGUGGAUAUAUUGCUCCAGGUAAUAAAUUUGAUACUUUCCUUAUAAUUGUUGAGUUAGACAGUGAACUAGAUUUUAAGUUUUAG